UUUUUAACAUACUUCUGCUAGUAAUAUUCAAUCUACAUUUGAGUAAUUCUCUACAGUUACUAUAAUUGUAAACAACCUCUUGACGUCCACAGUUCCUCAAGCUUUCCGUUGAGGUGCGGCCAGGCUAUUAGAAAAUUCAUCAGAUAAUCAGCAUUAAUGAAUAGGAAAAUGGAGUUUUCCCAGUGGUGAGUGACAAAUGUCCUUCUUUGAGAAGUUCUGCUCCAAAGAUAAGUAGGAUCUACAAGUGAAAAGGCAAGUUAAUGUAUCACUAUCCUCUUUUAUUUUCGAGCUGAUAAAAGAAUAGUCGAACACGUUGGCAUAAUUGAUAUGCCUUCGAUGAGAAAGUUGGAAAAGAUUGGACCGUCUACUGUUGAACCUUUUUUAGACAUUGCAAUCGAUGGUGGAGGUAAAAGUAAGGAAAAUACUGAUUUGGCAGAAAUAAGGAGAGGCCUGAAGAGGAAGAAACAAAAGGGAGAAGUAUUUUAUUACUAAAGAGUGGACUAAGGAGCAAGAGCUGGCAUUACAAAGAGCUUAUUAUUCUGCUAAAGCAACUCCUCAUUUCUGGAAGAAAGUCUCAAAGAUGGUGCCUGGGAAGUCAGCACAAGAGUGCUUUGACAGGAUACAUUCAGAUCACAUGACCCCACCCCAACCCCGCCAACGUUCAAGGGUUAACCAGGCAAUGCCGUUUUUAUCUCCUCUCUGUUCAAGCAAAUUGCUUGACCCGAUGAAUCCAAAACCAAAGAAACGCAUUUCAAAUAAAGCAGUGAGAGAGAUGCUGAAUAAACAACGCAAGGUGGAGAGGGAUACUAUGGAGAAGGACCUCUUCACUUUACUUGAGGAGGAGUCAACCACAGCAAAAACUCCUGAUGUUUUUCCGAGCGGCGACAGUUUUUACGUACUUACCCCCGAGUUGAAGUCAGAUCACCGAAGUAACUUUUCGCAACUAAGUAACCUGGAGGCAACCACUCUCUUUAGUCCUCCUGUUCUAAAGCCAAUCAAGAACAAAGCAUUGCAUGACCGAUACAUUGAUCAGUUGCUUUUCAGGGAGGCUAAGAGGAAGGCUGCGUUUUUAAGAAAGUCAAAGCGUUCACUAGGAAAGGGUGAAGAAGAACACCAAAAGGUGGAAGCGACAACAAUUCAAGCCGCAAAGAAUGCUCUCAUCUUUAAUGCAAGAGAUGCUAUCAAACAAUUUCAGAGUUUUCAAACAAAUCAGUUCCAAAAUGUCUUUAGUGAUGGGGAAGAUGGCGAUGGAGAUGAUUUUGGUUACAAUGAUGAUGAUGGCGAGUGAGUCUUGGAUGUAUACUGUUUUUUAUUUUUAAUGAUUUUGUUUUGAUUCUCUGGUGUUACUAGUUUGGCAUAAUUAUUCUCCUUUGAUAAUAAAUUAAUACGAUAGUAAUAGUUUAUAAAAUGCGAGUCAUAGGGAAAAGCCCACCGGAAUGCCAGCACAAGUGCAUGAUGACUCAACCAUGAAACUUACUAUAGCCUGUAUAUGUGUGUUAAGUGUAUUUUACUUGUGUGUGUGUGUGUGUGUGUGUGUGUGUGUAUAUGCUAAUAUGCCACAGCCAAUUAUGUUUGUUAUAGUAAGCAUAUGUUAAGAAUUACAAGCUUCUCCCUAU